AUGGGUGAAGUAAUAACUGAAAGUGAAGAACAAACCGCUAAUUUAACACCAGUUUUACGUCGUCGUCUUCAAGACCGUAAAGAAUGGGAAGCUUACUGGAAAGUAAGAAAGUUAGAGGCGGAAGGAGCAUUUUUGCCAACUAUACGUUAUUACGCUCAUCGUGCUUUUGAUUUUCCAGCAACAUUUGUUCGUGAAAAUAUUGUUGAACCUCUUCAUGAUAAAUAUAAGAAACCUUACUAUCAUCGUCGUUUAAGUCGUGUUCCAGAAAUUGAUCUAUGUGGAGUCAAUGAUUUAGGAUGUUUUUAUGAAGCUAAUGAACAAUACCGUUUAGAUAAGAUGGUAGAUGGUAAUAUUUUAGAUAUUCUUAAACAAAGAGUUGAUCGUUGCUUUAAUUAUAAUGAACAACAUUUAAAUAGAUGUACUCAAGUUCUUGAAGAUAUGGAAGAAGCUGAAUUAAAUUUUUUCAUCAAAUAUGGUGAAUUAGGAUCUGAAGCUGAUUGUAGAGAUGUUUAUAUGAAACAAAAACAUCGUAUGAUUUGGGAAAGAAGACAUCCUGAAAUAAUGGAGGAAAGAGAAAGAUUAUACAAAGAACAUAAAGAAUUACUUAAAGCUGGUAAAUUUGAUUAUAGCUUUUGGAAAAAAGGUAUGUUCUUCCAAGAUAAGAAAAAUUAUGAACCUCCUUAUGAUUUACAAUUAUCAAAAUCAACCUUGGAAGGUGAUAAGCCAUUAUCUAAAGAUUGGAAAUAUUAUAAAAAGGUACAAGAAGAUCCUGAGUUUGAUAAAGAACAAGCCAACACAAUGAUAAUUAAGGAGUAUCGCGUUGUGUUGCCAAUGACUGUUGAAGAAUAUCAAGUAGGACAGUUGUGGUCAGUAGCUGAAGCUUCCAAAGCAGAAACCGGUGGUGGUGAAGGUGUUGAAGUUUUAAAAAAUGAACCUUUCCAGGAUACCCCAUUAUUAGACGUCGAAAGUUCCAACAAUAAUAAGAAAAAUUGCUCCAAAAGAACUAUUUUAACUAAUCCUGAUUAUAUGAAAGAAAAUUUUUUUGUUAAAGUUGAAACAAUUCACUUACCAGAUAAUGGAACAAAUGAAAAUGCUCAUGGUCUUUCGAAAGAAGAGUUAGCAAAAAGGGAAGUUGUUAUGAUUAAUAUUGCUAAUGACAAUGAAUUUCUCAAUUCAGCUGAUAUUCAUGAUGACACCAGGCCAUCACUCUUCAAAUCAACCAAAACUGGUAGAGGUCCUUUGUUAAAUGGAUGGCAAAAUACUAGUCAACCAAUAAUGUGUGCAUACAAACUGGUGACCGUUUAUUUUAAAUGGUUUGGUCUUCAAAAAAUGGUUGAAAGCUAUUCACAUACACAAUAUCCACGUUUAUUUUCAAAAUUCCAUCGUGAAGUAUUUUGUUGGAUAGAUAAAUGGCAUGGUUUGUCCAUGGUUGAUAUUCGUCGUAUUGAAGAAGAAGUUCAAAGAGAACUUGAGGAGCAACGAAAAAGUGGACAAAAACAACUUCUUGGAGUUCUCUCACGAAGGUUUCAUUGGUGUUUCAGAUUUGUUUGUAUAAUUGAUUGUGCCUGUUACAUUCCAAAGUUAGAUGAUCCUGAAUGGAUCUAUGAAUGUGAUGGAAAUUAUUAUACAACAUAUAGUGAGGUUAAAGCUAUAUGUAAAACAAAAAAUCCUAGCGCUCGUGUUUUUAUGAUAAGAAAAACUGCACUUACAACUACGACGUCUAAAGUUAUCGUUACAACAGUAAAAACUACUACUGUGACUACAAAAAAACCAGCUACUACAAAAAAGCAGAAUACUACAAAAAAAAAGACUACUACAAAAAAACCAGGAACUACAAAAAAACAAAAUACUACUAAAAAACAGAGUACUACUAAAAAACAGAGUACUACAAAAAAAAAGACUACUACAAAAAAAAAGCCUACUACAAAAAAAAAGACUACUACAAAAAAACCAGGAACUACAAAAAAGCAAAGUACUACUAAAAAACAGAGUGCUACUACAAAACCAACUACUACAGUAGCAUUGCCUUCAACAAAUAACAUUGCUCAAUUAAGACAACAGUAUUUGGAUGAAACAAAUAAAUAUCGUGAUUUACAUGGUGUUCCAAGAUUAACUAAUAGUAAAACAUUAGAAAAUGCUGCUCAAGCAUAUGCUGAAAAAAUUGCAAAAAAUUAUGCAGGAUAUCUUCAACAUGAUUCAGAUACAAGAUAUGGAGAAAAUCUUGCCACUGAUUAUUAUAAUAAAAAACAUGAUACAGUUGAUAGAUGGUAUGCAGAAUCUGUAAAAUAUAAUUAUGAUAAACCAGGUUACCAACCAGGAAUAGGUCAUUUUACACAACUUGUAUGGAAAGAAACCAGAGAACAAGGUUGUGGUUUCUCUAGAGCUGAUGGAAUUUACAGUGCAUAUUAUGUUGUUGUCUGUAAAUACAACCCUCGUGGAAAUAACCUUAUGACAAUUGCUCAAAAUGUAUUAAGACCAAAAAAUUUACCAAAAUAA